AUGGCUCGGUGUUAUCAUGAUGAACAAGAGUUUAAAUCUGAUGUUGAUAUUGAGGUGGCGAGAGAAGGUGAUAUAUUACAGGAAGGACACGAUUUAAAUAAGUUUAAAUGUCACAAGAAUCCUGGCCAUUCAGGGUUUAUCCCAUUUAAAGAUUUAACACUGGAAGAUUUACCAGAAGAAAUAAGAAAUUUAGAAACGUUAGAGAGUAUUAAAAAAUGGGGUGGCUAUGUUGUCAGAUUAGUGGUAAAAAAAAUAAAGAAUCGAAGAUGGGUAACGGAAUGUGGGUCUGGGUUCUUGUUUAAGUAUGGUAGUAGAUUUUGUGUGAAAACUAACAACCAUGUCGUCAAAACUGAUGAUGAAGUUAAAAAUUGUAGCAUCAAAUUUUUCUAUGAUUCUCAUGAUGAGUCGAAUGUAAAGACUGGUGAAGGAGUAAAACUUGAAUACACAUGCCCUUUUAGAGAUCUCUCAAUCUUUUCUUUCCAUCCUGUACCUGAUUUUUAUCAACCGGACCUAAAAGAUCCGUUGCUUUCUAAUCCAACUGUUGUGAUAAUGUAUAACAAUAAUCGCACUAUACCUAGUCUUGCGAGACGUUUAUGGACAACCCAAAUUUUGUAUUAUACCUCUGUAAACUUGAACAAUCCACAGAUCGACUUGAUGUUCAUUUCCUUGGUUGACAAUUCUUACAGUUAUCUAAAAAGCUCUUAUUUCAAAUUUCAACCGAUUCCUUCCAAUAUACAAAAGUUAACUCGUAUUGAAAUUCAUAUAGAUGAGGAUGAUGGUAAUAGUAGAGUGAUACCAGGUGAUGUUGUAAAAUUUAGUGAUGAUUAUGUUGUUAAAAUCUCAGAAUCUCUUUUCCAAGAUGAAGUAAAGAAAUGUAGAUUAGUGUGGAAUGGUGAAGUUAUUGCUCAAGGUACGCGAUUGUAUUUUAAAAAAAUCACAUCAAGAGAGCUUCUGGGUGAAAUGACCGAGAAAGAGAUUGAUGUAGAACUAUUCAUGCAACAUUCUGCUCCAAAUAGCUGGUUAUUUGAUUUUCAUCCCCAACCGAGAGGUAUAGAGCAGCUUCAUGAAAUUGUUAAAAACUCUACACCUGCUAGUAAUAUAGUGUGUUGUAUUAGUCAUCCUCAUGGUGGGAUCAAAAUGGUCACGUUUGGACGAUUGUUACGUCAAAUACCAGAACGGUUUGAUAUUCAUGGGCGACGGAUAGCUGAACCAGGUACGGACUGUCAAUGUAAGGAAAUUAGCUGUGUAAAAUAUUCGUGUAAAACUUGUCCUGGCUCUAGUGGAUGUCCGGUAUUAAUACCAAAUAAGUCGUUCUACCUGAUUACUAGUAGUAUUCAUUUUUUGGGUGAAAGAAAGAAAGAUUGGUUACCAGAUGGUGAACUGAUAGAAAAUAUUAACACAGGUUGGUCUUGA